ACGUCACCCCCCCUCUCCGGUGUCCACGCAACCGCUGACGUCACGCCUCCCCGAGGGUGGGGGGAGAGUGUGUCUGUAUCUGUGUGUGUGUGUGUGUGUGUGGUGGGUCCUCCCCCGGCUUUAACCCUUUCUUCCCCGCCGGGCACAGAGAGAGCGAGCGAGCGAGGAUUCUCCUCCGGCCGCUGACGUCACGGGCCCCCCCUCCCCCCCUCCAGGCGCCGCCCCGCCCGCCCGUCCACUCCCCCCCCCCCAGUACAGUUUCCCACCACCCCCGAGGCCGGCGCCGCGCAGAGCCGCCCCCGCUCGCCGGGUCGCCGCCGCGACAGCAGCAGCAGCAGCGGCGGCAGCGCAGCCCCCCCGCCUCCCGAGCGAGCGAGCGAGCCAGCCGGCCGGUUGACCAGCCAAGCCCGGCCAUGCGCUUCACCGGAGCUGGUCCGGGGGCUGCUUAAGCCAAGCCGGUUCGACCUCUUGGGCUCCGCCGCGCCGUCCGUUCCGUCCCCUCCGCCCGGGGAGGGUCGAGCAUGAGCGUCCGCCCCGGCUCGGAGGAGGCAGCCGGGCACAAGGCAGGGCCCCCGCCGGCCCCGAGUGGCAGGAGCGCGCCGGCGGAGGCGGCGCCAUGGUGCCCUUUGCGCCGCCCGAGGGCGCGGAGGAGCCGCCGCCUGAGCCCUUCUGCCCUCCUCCGCCUCCGCCGCCGCCGCCGCCUCCGCCGCCUCCCCCGCCGCCGCCGCCGCCGACCGCCUCCAUCCCCGAGAUCGCCGCCGCCGCCGCCGGAGGAGGAGGAGGAGGAGGAGGCAGCAUCGGCGGCAGCAGCAGCAGCAGCAGUCCGGGCGGCGAGCUGAAUGGCAUCAAAAUGGUGGAUGAACCUAUGGAGGAAGGAGAACCAUAUUCCUGUAAUGAUGAAGGAAGUAUCAAAGAGAUUCCUAUUACCCACCAUGUGAAAGAAGGAUGUGAAAAAGCAGAUCCGGCACAAUUUGAAUUGCUUAAAGUCCUUGGUCAAGGAUCAUUUGGAAAGGUUUUCCUUGUGAGAAAAAUCAUUGGUCCUGAUGCUGGGCAUCUUUACGCCAUGAAAGUUUUAAAGAAGGCUUCCUUGAAAGUUCGAGAUAGAGUCCGCACAAAGAUGGAGAGAGAUAUAUUAGUAGAAGUAAAUCAUCCAUUUAUUGUCAAACUGCACUAUGCCUUCCAGACUGAAGGAAAGCUAUAUUUAAUAUUGGAUUUUCUCAGGGGAGGAGACGUGUUCACAAGAUUAUCCAAAGAGGUUAUGUUUACAGAGGAAGAUGUGAAAUUCUACCUCGCAGAACUGGCUCUAGCUUUGGAUCACCUGCACAGCUUGGGAAUUGUAUACAGGGACUUGAAGCCAGAAAACAUUUUGCUUGAUGAAGCAGGACAUAUCAAGUUAACAGACUUCGGCUUAAGCAAAGAAUCGGUCGACCAAGAGAAGAAAGCUUAUUCUUUCUGCGGUACUGUAGAAUACAUGGCCCCUGAAGUUGUGAACAGGCGGGGCCACAACCAAAGUGCUGAUUGGUGGUCGUUUGGUGUUCUCAUGUUUGAAAUGCUGACUGGUACUUUACCUUUCCAAGGUAAAGACCGAAACGAAACUAUGAAUAUGAUACUCAAAGCAAAACUUGGAAUGCCACAAUUCCUUAGCCCCGAAGCUCAGAGUCUCCUGAGGAUGUUGUUUAAAAGGAAUCCUUCAAACAGGCUUGGGGCUGGUCCUGAUGGGGUAGAAGAAAUAAAGAGGCAUCCCUUCUUUUCAACCAUUGACUGGAAUAAACUUUACAGGAGGGAGAUCCAGCCUCCAUUUAAACCUGCUUCUGGAAGACCGGAAGACACGUUUUGCUUUGACCCAGAAUUCACAGCAAAAACUCCCAAAGAUUCUCCUGGAGUCCCGCCAAGCGCCAAUGCCCAUCAGCUCUUCAAAGGUUUCAGUUUUGUGGCAACGAACACCAUAGAAGACCACAAAAUCACCCCUCUCAACAACAUUUUGCCAAUAGUACAGCAACUUCAUGGGAGCAGUGCACUUUUCACAGAUGCCUAUGAACUUAAAGAAGACAUUGGCGUGGGCUCCUACUCGGUGUGUAAGCGCUGCAUCCAUACAGUUUCCAAUAUGGAGUUUGCUGUGAAGAUAAUUGACAAAAGUAAGAGAGAUCCUUCCGAAGAAAUAGAAAUCUUGAUGCGGUACGGACAGCACCCGAACAUUAUCACUUUAAAAGACGUGUACGAUGAUGGUAAAUAUAUCUACCUUGUCACAGAAUUGAUGAAGGGAGGGGAGCUCCUGGAUCGUAUUCUCAGGCAGAAGUAUUUCUCAGAACGCGAAGCGAGCGCCGUCUUGUAUACUAUCGCUAAAACUGUGGACUACCUGCACUGUCAAGGAGUUGUGCAUCGGGAUCUUAAACCAAGUAAUAUUUUGUAUAUGGAUGAUUCCAAUAAUGCUGAUUCCAUCAGGAUUUGUGAUUUCGGCUUUGCAAAGCAACUCCGCGGAGACAAUGGGCUUCUCUUAACACCAUGCUACACGGCUAAUUUUGUGGCACCGGAGGUCCUCAUGAGGCAAGGCUAUGAUGCUGCUUGUGAUAUUUGGAGCUUGGGUGUUCUUCUUUAUACAAUGCUGGCAGGGUACACACCUUUUGCCAACGGGCCCAAUGAUACCCCUGAAGAAAUCUUGUUACGGAUAGGUAGUGGAAAUUUUUCUUUAAGUGGAGGCAAUUGGGACACUGUGUCAGAUGCUGCAAAGGAUUUGCUAUCUCAUAUGCUACAUGUAGACCCACAUCAAAGAUACACCGCAGAGCAAGUUCUGAAGCAUUCAUGGAUAGCCUGUAGAGAUCAGCUGCCACAUUAUCAGUUAAAUAGGCAAGACGCGCCACAUCUAGUGAAGGGGGCCAUGGCUGCUACCUAUUCUGCACUGAACAACAAGACAUUCCAGCCUGUUUUGGAACCUGUUGCAGCUUCAAGCUUGGCUCAGCGGAGAAGCAUGAAAAAGCUCACAUCCACAGACUUAUAGGUCAGCUGGAACAUUUAGCCUACGUGGAACAGAGGAAAACAAAAACAAACCCAAGAAACAGCUCCUGUAUUUGCCUGCCCUGUGAAUUAAAAGGCAUAUACCAGUUCCUCCUACACUACUUGAAUUCAGUUGAAGAAAGGAAGAAAAAGAAAAUAAUAAUAAUAAUAAUAAUAAUAAAAAAACUUCUACCAGUUUAGAGGAUUUAUUGCUGUUCGUAGGUUGGUUUCCGUAGCAUCAGGGUAUUUCGCAAUUGUGGUGAGGAAUUUCGGUACACAUUUCAUUUCAGAGAUCGAUCGCAUUAUGUUAAUACUUUUAAAUACUGUAUAGUUUUCAUCCAGUUUAUAAAGAUAUGUAUUAGUUGACCAGAGACGCUGCUCAAGUUGUAAAUUUCAUUUCAGAAGCAAAGGUCAGUGUUUUAAUAUUUUUGCUACCUUGGCCCUAUUGUAAAGACAAAGAAAAGAAAACAUUAAACAUGAUGUGCUCUGGUUUUGUAAAUUGAUCCCCUUAACUGGCGGACUCCAUGCAUUUGAUUCAUGGGUACGACAAGCCAAGAACCGUUGAAACGGAUAUCCUAGUGCAAAAUGCAUGACGGAAGCCCUUAUCUUCUGUUGGUAUCAGGCAAUUAUGUGUAAAAAACAAUUAAAAUCAUGUACAGCUAUAAUAAUCCAUGCACCGAGAUGAUAGUGUGUAAAGCCUUCAUUAGAAGCUGUAGAUUUGGUCAACUUAGCCGUGUCUUUCUUAAGGCUUUUGAAGAGUGGUGGUUGUUAGGAUAAUAAAUAAUCUGUUGUACUUAAACAUUAUGUAUGACUUCACCAUCAUUGGACCUUUUCAAGAAGGGGUAAGUAGAUCUCUGCUUGAUAUACUUUAGAUCGGGGUGUUCAACCUUGGCAACUUUGAGGCCUGUGGACUUCAACUCCCAAAGUUCUCCAGCCAGCCUUGGGAAUUCUGGGAGUUGAAGGCCACAAGUCUUAAAGCUGCCAAGGUUGAGCAUCCCUGCCUACAUACCUAAUCAGGUGUGUAGAGCUUUAUACCCCACUUGUAGACUUCAACUCUCAGAAUUCUCAUGGCUGGCUUUAGAAUUCUGGGACUUGGAGUCCACAGAUCUUAAAGUUGCCAAGGUUGGGUGCCCCUGCUUAGAUACAGAAUAUUCUUAGAUACAGAAUAAGGUGUGUAGAGCUUAUGACCUAUAUCUAAAAGGCUACAAGUUGAUAUCAACUCCUCCAGUAUUGGCUUAGAUUUGUUUCAUCUGUGAACGUUGGUGUGUCACACAGUCUGUGCCCAUUUCAUUUAACCGUAGGAAGACUGACAUUGUAUUUGCACCGACAUUCUGGAUUGAACCCUGUCACUUGAUUGGUAUUGAUACAAGACAGAUUAAGCUACCUUGAUUGGUAUCGACAGAAGACAAACUAAGCUACCUUGCUAAUUAAGCUAGCCCACUCUUGCUGUCUUCAAUUGUUCUUUCCUUCAUGGUCUUCGGUUCUCAUUGUGCCUGAAUUUUCUCAUCCCGGGACAGCAUUUUACUCAUCCUAAAUUGUAAGAUAGUGAUGUUUUUUAAUCAAACACCAUAUUUCACAGCAAAUUUUAUUUAUUUACACAUUGAAAAGUUCUCUGAAUUCUUUGUUUUCUCUGAUAUUUGAUAAAACAGUUUGGAAGAUAAAUGUUUAUAUUAAUGUUUUUCUCUCCCCCCCCUCCCUUUCUUUUCCUUUUAAUAUCGACUUUGUAUCCUCUGGAAAAAUGCAAGCUUUGAAACCUUCCUUGGUCUUUUUUGAUCAAGCUUUAGAAUGUCUCAGUGUAGGGAAAUUUCUCAUAAAUCCAUAAAUUCAAUGGGAAGAAUAAAACCAAUGAGGAUUAGAAGGAUUACUCGGAAAAAAAUAUAUAUGAAAUUGGUCAGGCUAGCCUGUAUUGGAUCUAGAUUAGUUUCAAACUGGCGUGUUUUCUUAGCAAAUGCCUCUUAGAAGACUCAGUCUCCACCCCACCCACCCAAAGAUAGAUAUUCCGAUAUGGAUUAUUGAGAUAUUUUAUUGUAAAAUGAGAUUAAUGCAAUUGAUCAGUACCCUAACAAUACAGAACCAGCUUUUUGGAUGACCUUCCUUGAAUGACCAUUAAUGAACUAGAGAGCUCAUUUACAAGAGAUCGAGAGAGUUCUGACUAUCAUGCUGAAUAAUAUUUUAUUCUUUUGUUUGAUGACUUCAUUUGGGAAUCAAAUAAAACCGCUAAGACUAAAAUCUGAAAAUAGAAUGCAUUUGUUAAAAUUCAUUAAACAUUUUCACAGAGCUAUAGGAAACUGGAAAUGCCGGUCAUAAAUUACAUGAGGAAAAAGACUACUUUUUGCCAAAAUAAAUAUAUGGAUUUGUUUUGUUUAAACAAAUCCUUCCUUUAAGGACUGAAUAUAUAUAUUUACAUUUCUUUUUAUACCUACAGAAAACCAGACUUAUCUCAAAUCGAAUAAAUGUACUUCUACACCAAUAUUGUCUACUCUGACUGGCAAGAAAUCAACAAAUCUCAGGAACUUUUUCAACAGCCAAAUCAUGUUUUGGGUAUUUUAUGAGCGUAUUUGAGGCCUAGUGACUUUUCUGAAGGGUGGGUUGCAAUAAUUAUAAUUUCCUGGAUAGUCGGUGAUACGUUUAUAAGCUUCUGGAGACAACCGUAUCCAAGAGUCCAGUCAGUUUUCUUGCAGAUAAACACAGUAGAAAGUCCUAGAAGACUCUGGAUAUCUGGUCACUAAGAGCGGUUCUUUCUUUAACCUGCUAAGUGAAAGCAGUUUUGAAGAAAGGGAAGACAUCUGCUUGGCUAGGUGGCUCAGUAGCUAAGACGCUGAGCUUGUCGAUCAGAAAAGUCAACAGUUCCGCGGUUCAAAUCCCUAGUGUAGGUCUCCUGUAUGAGCAGGGGGGUUGGACUAGAUGACCUCCAAGGUCCCUUCCAACUCGUGUUACUGUUCCCCUCCCUCAGGAUGCCCGGAAAUGACUGCCAAUGACUUUGACGUGGAUGGAACAAACCAAAAGGGGAAAAACGUAUUAAUCGUUUCUCUUUAUAGCACUUGCUGGAGGACGUUUUCAAAAGCAGAUCUUCACAGGUAUCUUGAAGUUAUCCAAGAAAUAAAGAGACCCUCCUUAUAGAGCAGGGGUCUUCAACCUUGGCAACUUUAAGA